GGCAUGCCGGCGUGGCAGAAGCGGAAAUGCGAGUGGGAUAAAGUAGCGCAUUUUUGUUGAGCAGUGCUCAAAGUGAGUUGCAGGAGAAAUCUGAUCAGGUGGAAGUGCUUCAGACUGAGAUCCCCUUCGCAGGUUUCAGGACUCGGAACGUCAUGUCUUACCUUCCAGCCCUCUUCAAGUAUGUGGACGAGCACCAGGACCAGUACGUCCAGCGUCUGGCUGAAUGGGUGGCAGUGCAGAGCGUGUCCGCCUGGCCGGAGAAACGAGGAGAGAUCCAGAAAAUGAUGGAGAUGGCGGCUAAAGACAUAGAGAGGCUCGGGGGCUCUGUGGAGCUGGUGGACAUUGGCAAGGAGAAGUUGCCAGGGGGUGAGGAGAUCCCUCUUCCACCCAUAAUCCUGGGCAGGCUGGGCUGUGACCCUGGCAAGAAGACUGUGUGCAUCUACGGCCACCUGGACGUCCAGCCAGCCAACAUUGAGGACGGCUGGGACACGGAGCCCUUCACACUGGUGGAGAAAGACGGAAAACUUUAUGGACGUGGAUCUACAGACGACAAGGGUCCUGUGCUCGCCUGGUUCAACGUUAUCGAGGCCUUUCAGAAGAUAGGACAGGAGCUGCCCAUUAACAUCAAAUUCUGCUUCGAGGGGAUGGAGGAGUCUGGCUCUGAGGGCUUGGACGAGCUGGUGUUCUCCCGCAAAGACUCCUUCUUUAAAGACGUGGAUUACGUCUGCAUCUCCGACAACUACUGGCUGGGCAAGAACAAGCCCUGCAUCACCUACGGCCUGAGAGGAAUCUGCUACUUCUUUAUUGAGAUGGAGUGCUGUGAUAAGGAUCUGCACUCUGGAGUGUUUGGAGGCUCUGUUCACGAAGCCAUGACUGACCUGAUUGCCCUUAUGUCCUCUUUGCUGGAUAAGAAGGGGAAGAUCCUGGUGCCAGGCAUGUAUGAUGACGUGGCUCUCGUCACUGAAGAGGAGAAGAAGCUCUACGAGAAAAUCGACUUUGACUUGGAAGAAUAUGCUAAGGAUGUGGGUGCUAACCGGCUGCUGCACCACACCAAGGAGCAAGUGUUGAUGCACCGAUGGAGGUACCCCUCUCUCUCGCUGCAUGGAAUUGAGGGAGCUUUCUCCGGUGGUGGCGCCAAGACAGUCAUCCCACGCAAAGUCAACGGCAAGUUCUCCAUCCGGCUGGUGCCAGACAUGGACCCAAAAGUGGUGGAGAAACAGGUGACCUCCUACUUGGAGAAGAAGUUUGCCGAGCUGGAGAGCCCCAACAAGAUGAAGGUGUACAUGGGCCAUGGAGCCAAAGCCUGGGUGUCUGAUUUCAACCAUCCUCACUACAUGGCUGGAAGAAAGGCCAUGAAGACUGUGUUUGGAGUGGAACCUGAUCUGACCCGCGAAGGAGGAAGCAUCCCAGUGACACUGACUUUCCAGGAGGCCACCGGACGCAACGUCAUGCUGCUUCCUGUCGGCUCAUCAGAUGAUGGAGCUCACUCCCAGAACGAGAAGAUCAACAGGUCAAACUACAUCCAGGGCACCAAAAUGUUGGGCGCUUACUUCCAUGAAGUAUCUCAGCUCAGUUAACUGGACUCAUUUGGAUCAGCACAUCCAGGAUGUCUUAAUAUGAUGCAUCUCACCAAAUUAAGACACUUUGGUUUUAAAAAAAAUGCCAGUAAAUUGUAGGAAAUAUGCCAGAAACCACAACUUCGUUUUCAGCUCUUGUCCUCCAGUGUUGCGUAUGAGCAGCACUUGGUGUGUUUAUGCUCUUCAUCAUGGAAAUUUUCAUUAAGAUUACACACAUCAGUACAUUUAAACAAAAAUUACACAAAGUUUACUUAUGCAAAGUAUUUCAUGCAUUAUAUGUUGCUGAUAUACCUCAACACGUGUACGAGCCUUUGGCCUCUUUUCCACUGUGGAGCCAGAUGGGUCUCAGGGCUUUAGCUGUACCGUUGGGCUGGGUGGAGUCGUGAGACCUUUUUCCAUUGGAUGCGCUGCUAAAUCAGAGCCAGACGAAAUUAAAACAAUAGCUCAGCUAACGGGCUAAAUGCUACAGAACAUUCAGACUGCCACUCCAACACCAGUCACUGUGGUGCUUUCGGAGUCUGUCCACUAAAUGGGUUUUGUUUGAGUGUCAGUUAGUAAGGACCAAGCCUGUUCUUCGGUGGGUGGAACCUUUCGCCUGCUAACUAUCUUUAGUGUUAUCCUAGCCCUCCAAGCUACAGCUCAGAGCACUACCGCCCAAGUUCAAUUACGGCUUUCUGCCCUUCCAGCCAUUCGGCUUCCUCACGUUUGAGUUUUUAUCAUCGAAACUUGUGUCAGUGUGGCUCUCUUAGUUGGAACUGAACCUGCUCUGUGGUGGGAGGAGCUGGGAGCUUGCUAGAUAAGCUGAUGCCAACCAGCUCCUUUGUCCUAGUUAGCAGCACUGAUUUAGCAAUCAUUGUUAGAUUGGGGGGUUAACGUUUAUUGAAUUGUGGACUGAGAAUCAUGCACUGCUUUCAUUUCUUUGACAGCCUUGUACAAUAGCAGUAUAAACGCAGAGCCAGUCGGCGAGUAGCGACGCUAUUGCGUCAUCCCAAAAACAGUUCUGUGACCCUGAGCAUGGUCAGUGAACCAUGUUGAGAUCACUGUGCUGGGCACGGUUUGUAAGAGGUCCUGCUGUGCACCCAUUCCUUACAGUGGAAAAGAGGCCUUUGAGUAUUUUGACACACUUUUCUGAAAAAGCAGCGUUUAUAAGACUGCAUGGCGCCUGUUAUGACAGCUUAUGUACACAUUUAUAAAGCCUUAUUCCUACAGGUGCCAGUUCAAACGUAUAUAAGCAGCCUUUAUGCCAGCUGACACUUGUUGGAAUAAACCUUUAUGAAAGUUUAUCCAGGUUGUCGUAUGUGUCAUCAUAGCCUUUUGAGCGCUGCCCUUCAGUAUGGUGUUCGUUUUUUUUUGUGUAUGAAUUAAUCUCAGUAUGUCCAAAUAUGCUGUUUAAUGGGCUUUAGGUGAUUUUAAUUUGCCUCUCAGGAAGCAGUGGCUUGGAUUUGGACUAGUUUUAAAUGAACCCCAAGCCUUGACGACAAUCUAACUGAUGGUUCUGUCACACUGAAAAGAUCCGAUACUGACAGAAGGGCUGCAUUACUUCUUCAGCUGCCGCUUUCUUUGUUUAAUCCAACAAUGCUUAGUAGUCUUUCUUCAGGAGCUCAAGCUGGUUAAGCGUACAGUCAUAGAUUGUAGUCUUUGUUUUGUCUUUCACCUCAUCCUGUAUUAAUCGACUGCACACUGCCUGAUAUGCACUCUCAUAAACAUGUCAACAAUAAAAACAUGGACCAUUCAUCACUCUG